AUGUGUUCAAUAUGGCGUCACAGAGUAAUAAAUGCUGUUGUAAAUUGUUUGCUGAUGAAGAAACUUAAGAUAGCUGUCAGGAAGUGGCGGAUGAUGCGCCUCUUCCGGAAGAGGGACGAUUCUUCAUUGACGCGGCAAACCUCAAUCGAGCCGGUACCAUCAACUUCUGGCACUCCUGCACAUAUUUCGCGUCCGCCUGUGGAUCUACUGCAAUUGGAACCAGACGAAGGCCAAAGGUUAAGAGAACUACAGCUGCGGCAGUAUGCGUUCUUUCAACUAAGAAUACAUUUAAAAAGAGGUCAAAAUUUAGUCGCAAUGGACAAGAAUGGAUUGUUGUCAGGCACCAGUGAUCCAUACGUGAAGUUUAAAGCUGCGGGGAGACUGCUACAUAAGUCGAGGAUAGUGUAUCGCGACCUUAAUCCUGUUUGGGAUGAGUGUUUCACCGUGCCAAUUGAAGAUCCCUUCCAGCCAGUACAACUGAAGGUUUUCGAUUAUGAUUGGGGUUUGCAAGAUGACUUUAUGGGCUCGUGUACCUUGGACCUCACAGCGCUGGAGCUGGGACGAUCUCAAGACUUGGUGCUCUGCUUGCGGGAUCCAAACAAACCAAACCAGGAUAUGGGAGAAAUUGUUCUCAACGUGACCCUAUACCCAAAAUCACAAGAGGACAAAGAAGCAUAUUUAUUAAAGAACACGAGGCUAAGCGACGUGAACAAGAGAUUAAAGGCACAAAUAUGGAGCUCGGUGGUGACGAUAGUUUUAGUUGAAGCGAAAAAUCUUCCAGCGAUGGACGUGGACACACGGUCUAGUGACCCUUAUUGUAAAUUUAGAUUAGGUAACGAAAAAUACAAAAGUAAAGUAGUGUGGAAGACUCUCCAUCCCUCGUGGUUAGAACAGUUCGAUCUACACCUGUAUGAUGAUCAGGAACAAAUCUUAGAAGUUACUGUGUGGGAUAAGGAUAAACAGACUAAAGAUGAUUUUUUAGGAAGGUGUACAAUAGAUUUAUCAAGGUUAGAAAGAGAAAAGACACACAAUAUAUGGCAAGACUUAGAAGAUGGCAACGGUCAGAUAUUUCUCCUACUGACUAUAAGCGGUACCACACAGUCAGAAACCAUUACAGAUCUCGCUAGCUAUAGAGAAAACCCUAGGGAAAUUGAAAAUAUUGAAAGGAGAUACGCGUGGUACAGAUUAAACGAAACUUCGAGUGGAGUGGGCUGGCUGUGUGUCAAAGUAUACGGUGCUAAAGGGUUAGCUGCUGCGGAUUUAGGAGGAAAGUCAGAUCCUUUCUGUGUAUUAGAACUGGGAAAUGCUAGGCUACAAACACACACAGAGUACAAAACACUUGCUCCAAACUGGAUGAAGAUAUUCACCUUCACAGUUAAAGACAUCAGUUCUAUAUUAGAAUUGACAGUCUACGAUGAGGACCACGACCAUAAAGUCGAAUUUCUCGGUAAACUUGCAAUACCGUUGUUGAACAUUAGAAACGGGGAAAAACGGUGGUUCGCAUUAAAAGACAAGAAGAUGAGGGCGAGAGCGAAGGGUAACUACCCUCAGAUAUUACUGGAGAUGAGCGUCAUUUGGAAUCCGCUGAAAGGGGCGAUCAGAGUCGUCAAUCCAAAAGAACCGAAGUAUAUGCAUCAAGAAUCGAAGUUCAAGAGACAGGUAUUUAUACGAAACGUCAUGAGACUGAAGGCUAUCAUUAUGUGGUUUAUUGAAAUUGGAAAAAUUUUACAAGACUGCUUCGAAUGGGAAUCUAGAUUAAGAUCGUUCCUAGGACUCCUGGCGUGGCUCGCGUUCUGUUACUACUACGAGAUGUGGAUGUUGCCAUUUCUAUUAUUAGUAUUUUUUGCAAGAAACUGGCUGAUAUAUCGACUUACUGGUGGUAACCCAUUACUGUUACCUGUCGAUGAUGAUGAUUUAUUAGCGGAAGAAGAUGAUGAAGAAGAAGUGGAUAAGGAGGAAAAAAAGUCCUUAAAGGAAAGAUUGCAAGCUAUACAAGAAGUAACGCAAACAGUACAAAAUGCGAUUGGUUAUGUAGCGGCUUUAGGUGAAGCUGUUAAAAAUCUCAUGAACUUUACAGUGCCAUAUCUUAGUUAUAUAGCUAUAAUAAUGCUCGUCGGUGCAAUGUUCGUUCUAUACCUAAUACCUCUGAGGUAUCUUCUGAUGGCGUGGGGUAUCAACAAAUUUACAAGAAAAAUCCUACGUCCUCAUACGAUACCUAACAACGAAGUUCUAGACCUAUUAUCUAGGGUACCUGAUGAUGAGACUUUGCUGGAUAUUAGAGAAAUCAAGCCUCACCCCACGAGCGAACGACGAGACGCAAGAAAGAAACACAAAGCAGCGUAACGAAAAUAUUUAU